GGUCGGCUUCGGAUUCAUGCAUACUACGUGAUGCCAUGUCACGGGAGGACUCAUUUGUUGUUCCUAGUGGUAAAUACUAUCUAGUGGAUGCUGGAUAUACAAAUGGUCCGGGAUUUCUUGCCCCGUACCGAUCUACACGGUACCACUUGAAUGAAUGGGCUAUUCAAGGCAACAAUCCAUCUACUGCGAGAGAGUUAUUCAACCUACGCCAUGCAACAGCUAGGAAUGUGAUAGAGAGAACUUUUGGGCUAUUGAAGAUGAGAUGGGCAAUCUUGAGGACCAGCUCAUAUUUUGAUUUAGAAAACCAGAUUAGGAUCAUCCAUGCUUGCUGCAUAUUGCAUAAUUUUUUAAGAGAUAGACAAAGAGAUAUGGACGAUAUUCUAAUACAUGAAGUUGAUAGUCUCAUCUCUGCUGCUCCUGCUGAAAAUCAAGGAGAAAUGAGUCUGAUUACGCAUGUUCAAUCAACUAAUGAGUGGGGUAAUUUUAGAGACACCAAAGCUAGUGAAAUGUUUGUUGAUUAUCAAGCGAGGCGUGGUCAAAGCUCAUAGUUGUAUGCUUCUGUUUUCUAUGUCUUUGUCAUUUAUGAAUUUUUGUGU